CGCCAAGAAUGCAAUAUGGCAGCGCUCUGUUGUCGUUUAUUUAGUCUAAAUUUUAGAGAAAACAUCAAAAUAUUUCACUCGACGAAGAGGUUUUCUACUAGUAGAUGGACUAAUUCUCGGCAUUAUGCUAUAUUUCCAACAUUAGGGUUACUUUCAUUCGGUUCUGCAGCCGCUUUCUAUCUAUAUUCUCAGCGAAAAUCACUAGGGGUACUUUUCGCUAGUGCCGUUUGCGCAGCAAAGAAGAAUGUCCAGCAGGAACAGGAGGCAAAGGAUGGAAAGAAGCCAAGAAAGAGAAAUCUGCGAGAGAAACGGUUUCUGCACUUUGCGUCGAUUGAGUACGACGGGCAGAUAUUCAUGACCCCGCAAGAUUUCCUUGAGUCCAUCACGGAGGAGGAACCGAGACCUCGUAUUGGCCGACUUGCUCUCAUGGACAGUGAUGUUAGAAAGAUGCUGAAGGCAACACCGUCACGUCAUCGUGGUGGCACCAAUAUGUUUAGGUCUAUGCAUAACAACGGGCUGAUCUCUUAUACGGAGUACCUCUUCCUGCUGUGCGUCCUCACAAAACCACAGUCUGGCUUCCGAAUUGCCUUUAACAUGUUUGACACUGACGGCAAUCGGCGGGUGGACAAGGAGGAGUUUCUAGUGCUGGAACAGAUAUUCAGCCAGGCACGGCGCACCAAGCCAGAGGCUGCAGAAGAAGAUGAAAAGAGUUUGACUACAGACACGUCUCUACUUGUGCACCUGUUUGGGCAACGUGGAAGAGACGUCCUAAAGUACGAGGACUUCCACAGGUUCAUGGACAGUUUGCAGUCUGAGGUGCUGGAGUUAGAGUUUACUGAGUUCUCUCACGGCAUGCUCACCAUAGCUGAGGUGGACUUUGCAAAGAUCCUGCUGCGCUACACAAAGGUGCGCAUCCACGAGCAGGAGGACUACCUGGAACGAAUGAAGGAGCGCAUCCCAGAAGAGAAGGGCAUCACAUUUAAGGACUUUAAGCAGUUCUGCCAGUUCCUCAACAACCUUGAUGACUUUGCAAUAGCAAUGCGGAUGUACACUUAUGCCAACCACCCAGUCACACAAGCGGAAUUUAAGCGAGCCGUGCUCAUUUCCACUGGACACACGCUCAGCAAUCACGUCGUUAACACGGUCUUCCAAAUCUUUGACAUCGAUGGCGAUGGGAAGUUGCACCACAAAGAAUUCAUCUCCAUCAUGAGAGAUCGGCUACACCGCGGCUUUAGGGCACAGCUGGAUAAGCACGAAGGCUGGGAGGCAUUCAAGCAAUGCGUGAAGAAUGAGAUGAGAGAUGCCUGAAAUCGAGUAAGGUCCCAUUGCCACAGACACGUUCCCUCGGACCUCAAGCAUGGUGGGACAGCUAAUCAGUAUGCCUCUCAGAGAGAACUCGAACCUUGUAGUGCACACAAGCAUGCAGGGUCAUACUUUGGCAGUAGUUCGCACUUGGUAUUGUUAAUUUAUACAAACACUAAACUUUGUUUACUCAAGCUUAGAAAAGUGUUAGUAAUAUCUAUGUGCUAUAUACUUCUGCAGGUAAAUGUUGGUUAAACAUGAUGACUGUGGCCUUGCAAAUAUCAUGAGCAAUACUAAAUCUAGCAGCUAGUGUGUAAUCUGCCAUGAGAGACCCAUAGUUAGUGUGAGAGAAUUCAUUAACCUUAGCAGCAAUGUUUGUUUUGCUAUUCAUACCGUACUCAGGUUAAGGGGAAUUUCCCAAUUUCUUGAAAAUUCACAAUGCUUUUUAGUCACAACGUUAUGUUCCAAAUGCAUGUGUAAAAUUUAGGAUGUUCUGUUGAAGCAAGACAUGAGUUUUGUUUAGCUAAUGAAAAUCACCAAGCCAUACAUAUUUAUAAUGCGAGUGCUUGAACAAGUCCACCAUAAUUAUUUUCAAGCUAUAGUAGAUUGCAUUGUCUAAAUCACUCCUAUGAAAGGCAGAAGGAAAUCACAGUUUUCCGAUUUUAAAUUGCUAACUUAUUUAUUGUACAUUGUAUAAUUCUCGCUUAUUGAAUGCUAAGGCGUGAUAAUGGAAUAUUGGAAAAAGUUAUGAAUUUAAUAUGUAUGGAACAUUACACUUUGGCAUUAAUUCACUGUAAAUAUUUAAUAAAGUUACUUGUUUUGAUUUAAUACAAUCAUAUUACAUUAUUGUAAAAA